AUGACAUACGAACAAUACAUCGAUAAUAUUAAUGGUGUUGAUAGUAAACAUGAAGAUGAAAUUACUCUCGGAGUUAGCAAUUUUAAUUUAGGCCUCUAUGCUGAUUCUCUUGUACAAUUUGACUGUAUUUUGGAAAAUUCACCAAGUAAUUUAACAGCAUUAAUCUUUCGUAGAACUUAUUUAAAACUAGGAAUAUUUGAUAAUGCGUUUUCAGAUUCAAACACGAUAUUAAAAAUUGUUCCAACAAAUACGGAAGCAUUUAUUCUCCAAUUCAGUAAAGUACUAGAGAUUAAUCAGAAUGAUUCGUAUGCUUUGGUUCUUCGUAGACAAGUUUAUGUGAAAAUUCAAAAUUAUAACGAAGUUUUCCUAGAUUUUGGCAAAUCAUCAGAAAUCAAACAGAAUAAUACAGAUGUGUCAUUGCUUUCCGAGGAAACUAGAAAAAUGAUAAAAACACUGUUAUUUCGUGGGGAAACAUACUAUUCAUUAGAGCAAUACGAUAAGUCUCUAUCAAAUUUUUGUAGAGUGCUAGAAAUUGAUCCAUAUAAUUCAGUCGUAUUAUCUUUUUGUUGCAUGCUUUAUUACUUGUUAGAAAAAUAUUCUUAUUUUGAACUUGGACAUUAUAAUAAAGCUUUUAUAGAUCUUAAAAAAAAAGUGCGAAAACGCAAUAAUAGAUUUGUGCGAGACUUUAAAACUUCAACAACUAUAUUAACUCUUCGUGGAGGUGUUUAUUUUUAUCUAGAUCAGUAUAAUAAUUCUCUUAAAGAUUUAAAUGAAAUUUUAGAAAUGGAUCAGAAUAAUGCUACUACAAUUUUUCUGCGUGGAGAAUCCUACUUCCAUCUUGUCUAUCUUAAACUUGAAGAAUACGAUAAGGCUCUUUCUGAUUCAAAUAAUGUAUUAAAUAUCGAACCAGCCGCUUUAAUUCUUCGUGGAAAAGCAUAUUACAGUCUAAGAAAAUAUAAUCAAGCUUUUGAAGAAUUUAGCAAAGCAAUAUAA